AUGGCCCGAUUCGACGUACGACGCAUCCUGGUCGACGAAGGCAGCUCAGUGGAUAUCAUGUACGUCCACCUCUUCAAGACUCUGAAGCUAGACAAGACCAACUUAGCCCCCUACGUCGGAUCAGAUCUCCAAGGAUUCAACGGAGCAACAACCAGACCGUGGGGAUAUGUUGAGCUCCUCGUCACUUUCGGCGAACAAGAAACGGCCAGGGAAGUCAAAAUCCAAUUCCUGGUCGUAGACUGUCCGUCUCUCUACAAUUGCAUCUUUGGACGCCCGACACUGGCCGAACUCACUGCGGUCCCAUCCACCGUCCACCUGAAGAUGAAAUACUACACCAAAUUGGGACGUGUGGUCACCAUCCAUGGUGACAUCGAAGCAGCCCGGCGAUGCUACGACGCCGCAGUAAAAGGACAGGCCGUAGUCAGCACGAAGAGCAACUGCAACAACAAAAAACUCAAGACCGAGGAUCCCGCCCGAGGAGUCAACGCCAUCGACCUCGACUGUCGCGUCGGGCUGGACGAGACCGAAGAGGGGAGGUUCCCCAAGGAACGCUCUCUCGAACACCCGGUCCGACCAAUCCCCGACGGGGAGUUCGAACUCAUUCCUCUUGGGGACGAUCCGGAAAGGACGGUGAAGAUAGGUAAGGGACUACCCGAGGAAACAAGAGAAGAGCUAGUAGCAUGCCUCAAAGAGAACUCCGACCUCUUCGCGUGGAAUGCCGCAGAAAUGCCCGGGCUGGACCCCGAGAUCGCGUGUCAUAAGCUAGCUGUAGACCGGGCAGCCAAGCCCAUAGCACAGCGUAGACGCAAGCAAUCGCCCGAAAAGGCAGAGGCUGCCGAGCGAGCUGUAAAAGACCUCUUAGAGGCAAAUUUUAUUUCUGAAGCCCAGUACACAACCUGGCUCUCUAAUGUAGUCCUCGUUAAGAAAAAUAAUGGAAAAUGGCGUAUGUGUGUUGAUUAUACUGAUCUUAAUAGGGCUUGCCCGAAAGAUGCUUUCCCCCUCCCUAAUAUAGACUCGCUCGUUGACAACUCUGCAGGUUUUAAACUCUUGUCCUUCAUGGACGCAUAUAGUGGAUACAACCAGAUCCCUAUGUCGCCCGCAGACAAGAAACACACAGCGUUCAUGACCCCAACGGGCAACUACUAUUACAACGUGAUGCCGUUCGGGCUCAAGAACGCUGGCGCUACAUACCAACGCAUGAUGAACAAAGUCUUCAAGGACGAAAUAGGGGACAUGCUCGAAGUAUACAUGGACGACAUGAUCGUCAAAUCACACGAGGAAAUAACCCAUGCUCGACACCUUACGAAGGUAUUCGAACAGGCGAGACAGUGUAAAAUGAGGUUCAACCCCGAGAAAUGCACGUUCGGAGUCCGGGCAGGCAAGUUCCUCGGUUUCUAUCUCACCGAAAGAGGGAUCGAGGCCAACCCCGACAAAUGCCGGGCAUUCUCGGAGUUUCCGACCCCGAAAACCAAAAAAUCGAUCCAGUCACUCAAUGGAGUGCUCGCCUCACUCUCCCGUUUCAUCGCCAAGUCCGCCCAGCACGCAUUGCCAUUCUUCAGACUCCUUCGCAAAGAGGCUACCUUCGACUGGACCGACGAAUGCGAGCAAGCGCUACUCCAUCUAAAGAAGGUUCUGUCCCAACCCCCGGUCUUGUCACGGCCAUCAGAAAAGGAAACCCUAUACUUAUACCUAUCCGUGGCGACCGAGGCCGUCAGCGCCGUUCUAAUAAGAGAAACCGACGAAGGACAAAAGCCCAUCUAUUUUACGAGUAAAGCACUCCAAGGUCCCGAGCUCCGAUAUCAGCAAAUCGAAAAGGUCGCCCUGGCCCUCAUCAACGCAGCGAGGAGACUACGAUAUUAUUUCCUCGCACACACGAUAAAGGUGAGGACCGAUCAGCCAAUCAAACAGCUGCUCGGGCGCCCGGAUAUGGCCGGGAGGAUGCUCAAGUGGUCACUAGAACUCUCCGAAUUCGACAUACAAUACGAAAGUAGGAAAGCCUUGAAAGCUCAGGCGCUGGCCGACUUCGUCGCGGAGAUGACCCACUGCCCGACUCCAGCAGAAAGCGCCCACAAAUGGACGAUCUUCGUCGAUGGCGCCUCUAGCACAUCAGGCAGCGGGGCCGGGAUCAUCCUCGAAAAUGAAGAAGGGAUCCUGAUAGAGGUAUCGUUAGCGCUAGCGUUCCCAACAUCAAACAACCAAGCCGAAUACGAAGCCUUCCUCGCAGGCCUGAGGUUAGCCGAGGACCUGGGAGCAAAAGAGGUAAAAAUAUCCACCGACUCCCAGCUCGUGGCCUCACAAGUGCGAGGAGAAUACCAAACCAAGAACGACAACCUCCUCGGGUACUUGUCCCUCGUCAAAGAAAAACUUGAUAGAUUUGAAAAAUGGGAAGUUCAACACAUACCCCGCGAGCACAACACUCGAGCAGACGUUCUCUCGAAACUAGCCAGCACGAGGAAAAAGGGUGGGAAUAAAUCAGUAAUCCAAGAAAUUCUCCCGCGGCCCAGCAUCGACAAACUACCGCCUCCACUCGAGGUCAACGCUAUUGGAGAUGCCCACUGUUGGAUGACACCCAUCUACAAUUACCUCACACGAGACGAACUCCCGGCUGACCCGAAAGAGGCGACCACUGUCAAACGACGCGCAUGCUCACUCGGCGAGGCAAAGAGGGCAUGGGUCGAGGAGCUACAUAGCGUCCUAUGGGCCUACCGCACGACACCACAUUCUACCACCGGGGAAACCCCGUUCCGACUAACUUACGGCACCGAGGCAGUCAUCCCGGUGGAGAUACGGACGCCAACAAGGAGGACAGAGGAGCCCCUAGACGAGGAAAUGAACGAUGAAACCCUUAGAGCCGAGCUCGACCUAGUCGAGGAGAUACGUUCCGAAGCAGCUCUCCGGGAAACAACCCUCAAACAAAAGAUAGCACUACGCCAUGACGCGAAAGUCAUAAAAAGAGAGUUCCAGGUCGGCACCCUGGUCCUCAGAAGAAACCAGAAAAACCCGAGAGAGGGCAACUGGCGGCCAACUGGGAAGGCCCUUACCGCGUCCGCGACAAACGAGCAACGGGGCCUAUUACCUAGAAAACCUACAAGGAGAACAACUCGCUCGACCAUGGAACGCAGAAAAACUUAG